CGGGAACUGGCUGGCCAGGCCCCCGCCAGGCCCCACCGCUGGAAGCAGGCGGCAGCUCAGGUCUGAGGGUCGCAGGAGGGACCUGGACGAGAUGACCCCUGGGGCCAACGUGGCUGACAUUUCUCCCCCAAGCUUCUCCAGGGAGGCAGAGAACCAAACACAGGGACCCUGAGGUCCCUGCCUACUUGAGGCUCCAGGUCCUCUCCUAAAGCCACGAGGGGGAGAGAGCAGCUGUCAUCUCCUGCGUGUCACAGCUCUCCCCGGGGCCACAGAGAGCAGCCCUGGGAACUCAUCUCUCAUCUCCAGUUUAGGAACAGCCCGGCUGGCUGGGUCCAGGCUGCCCUGGAUUUCCUGCCCGAGCCCCAGGGGUUUCUAAAACCAUCCUUGUCUUUGAGCUGUCCCAGAAGCACUCAGAGGACACAGCUGAAUGCCUGUGGGGCCCAAGCCCAGUAAGACCACAGCCUCAGCUAAGAUCCCUGAAGCCAGUGGAGAGGAGAGAGCUUGGCUCCAAGACCCAGUUUUGAUUCUACUGCCCAUUCACUGGGUGACUUUGGGCCCAUCACAGGAGUCCCUCGGCGUUCCUGCCUCUCGAAUGGGUCCUUCACAGGAAAACUGGUGGGCUGAUUCAGUAAGAAAUGACUGGCAAGUAGAAUCCAGAACCCCAAUUCCUAUGCCUCAUUUUAUAGGGACAAACCGACGUCCAGAGAGGCACAGUGACUUGACCAGGGUGACCCAGCCAAUGAAUGACAGAGUGGGGCUUCAGGCUGCACAGCUACAGGCCCCCACCCUGGGCUCAAGCUUCAGGGAUUGUUGGGAUGGGAACCCCAAGUCCAUCUCCCCACCUGUAGAAGCUCUGAGCCGGGCAAUGGCUUCCUUGGUGUCUAUGUGACGGUCAAAUCUCUUGGGAAGAAUGAACUCCCCAUCUUCAUGGCUCUCCCAAACCCAGAGAAGAGACAGAGCCGAGCCUAGGUGACACUGGGAAGGCCAAGGAGAUGAGACCCUCCUGGGGGACAGGGCAAAGCCAGCCUCCUGUCUGAGUCCUUGGGGGAGAGAUGACAGUAGAAAGUCACCGUCUUAUGGAGCUCCUCUUGGUUCUAAUCCCUUCAUACCCGUUACCUUCCUAAGUGUGCAAGACAACCCUGAGAGGGAGGUGACACGAUCACCCCUUGUCACCCAUGCUAUGUUACACUAUGUCUCACUAGCCCUGUGACUGUGGCUAAGUCCCAGGUCUCUGUUUCCCCUUAUGUCCAUUUCCUCUUCUGCAAAAUGGAGACACAUGGUAGCAAGGCAUGCCAAGGCCUCUAAUGAGGAGGGAACUCCACAGGAAACACGGUGGUACUGGAGCUUUUCUGGCCUUCGACUGGUUCUUGCCCAUCAGUUUCCUCUCCUAGAAAAUGUGGAAGUGAGGCUAAUGAUUGUCUCUCUUCAGCCACCUCCUCUGGGGACCAGAGAGGAGCCCUGGGCCCCAUCCAGAUGCUUCAAGGGUUGAAGUGAACGGACCAUCCACCCAAGGCUGAGAAAGUGACAGCUGACUCCAUGUGGGGGCCAGGCAGCAGGGAGGACUUCCUGGAGGAGGGGGCUGUGGCCUUCCCGCUGGGUCUCAGGAUCAGAAGAGUUACCCAGGCUGCUGAGGGGGACCCAGGCAGCAGGACGAGCAGGCAGGCAGCCCGAAAGCUGGGGCGGGACUCAGGUGCCGGAGAGGGAGCCCAGAAUCGGAGGAAGGGCUCAGGCCUGACUUCAGAGCUCCUUAAACCCCAGGCCCGGGAUGUAAGGUUCAGCCCUCUGGCCCUGGGAGCCAUGGGAGAUUCUGAAGUAGGAGGGUCGCCUGAUCGCUAUGUACCUGGGGAAGAACUUUACAAACUGUGAACACGGCACCUGUAAUAGUUUCUCCAAGAGCACGGAGAGAAGGUGCAGGACACGGGGCCCCUGGCCCCCCAGGAGCCUGAGAAGCUGAGGAGGCUUGCCCCCUGCGGAGGAGCACCAGGCAGCCCAUUGCCAUGGCGGGGGGGGAGAGAGAGCAGCCCGCUGCCGCCCAGGUCCUCUGGUUCUGUCCCUGAAGCCAGCUGCUCUGGCCCCCUCCCACCCUGACCCUUCCCAGCUCUCUUGCUUUGUGCCAUCCUCUGGGACCCCCGAGACUAAGGCCUGACCUGCGGCCUGGCCACUUACCGGCUGUGUGACCCAGUGAAGAGACUUCUGUCUUCCUGAGCCCUCCUUCUCCUGCUCUGUAGAAUGGAGAGGCGCUGUAAGGCCCCCACUCCAAGAAGCGCUGGGAACAUGAGAGGGCCCAGCGCAGACUCCGGGGUGCCCCCCGAGGCUGGUCCUACUCUAGCGGGGCUGCUCUGUGUGGAAGAAGGGGCACCAUAUAUGCUCUCCGGGCUGUGCUGAGAGCUGGGCGCCCAGGGCACCACAGAGUCGGGUGCUUCCUGGCAGAGAGGCCAUUUGAGUGACGGCUUGGAAAGAACACAGGGCAGAAGUUGCUGGGUGGGCAGCAGCCCGGAGGGAAUUAGGGAGUCGUUGGGAGGAAGGGCAGUGGGGAUGGCAGGGGAUGGGGCAGGAGAGGACUGAAUGCCCGAUUCAGGGGGUCAAUCCCAAAAGAGACACGUACCCAAAUAACCUUGGGACUGUCUCUGAGCCUCCGAGCCUCCGUGUCUUCCUCUGACUACAGGCCAGUGGCCUGGGUCCCAGGCUCAUGAGGCUUCAGUGCUCGCCAGGUGCUCCCGGAGCCUGCGCACGAGUGUCCACGGAACCCGGGCUCCUUGGCUUUCACUCUUAUCAAUACUGCCUUUAACUUCGCUUCUGAGAUUUUGCUUCAUCUCUGUGUUCUUUUUGAACUUCUUGAAUAUUCUCAUUGGCUCAGCAGGGAGCAGGUGGCUAUCCCUGGCCCAAACAGGAGGGAGAAGCCUCCAUCAUGCCGUCCAAAGGAGAAGGGGCGGGAAAUGUCAAUUCAGAUGCCUGGGACAGGGUGACAGAUCCCUACAAGUGACUGUCAGCCUUGGCGGGGUUGGGGGGUAGGGAUAGGACCUUGGGAGCUGGGUGAUUUGCCAGGUGCUUAGAGUAGAGCUGCUGGCCAGGAAUGUGACUAGGGCACAUGCCCACCCCACCAUUGCCUCAUCCACGGCACGACUAUCCAGCAAGAGACUGAAGCUGGGGUUAACCUGCGAAGAUCUGCUUCCCCCAUUUUUCAGGAACCGCUCAUAGCAAGAACCACAGGAUAAGAAAAACCUCAGCUGAGAGCAUUACAUCCCCAUGUCCCUCCCUCCCCCCACCAAGGUAGGAAAACAGCACCACGGAGCAGAGAGAUGUGCCUCGGGACGCAGCAGAGUGGCACCAGCCCACAGGGACCACAUGAAUACCAAUAAGGAAUCUGAGUUUGUGGCAUGCUUCGUCAUGCAGUGUAGACAGCCCGCGGGGACAGCCACUACCAUGGGCCGCACGGAGAGAGGAAGUUCCCGCUCGAUGGGAGCUAACUCUGAUGUUCGAGCUCAGUGACAGAAUGUUGGGCCUGGCUGAUGUUGCCAGAGGAGAGUGUAAGAAUUUCAAGUGACAUGAAGCAAGACCAAAUUUCUCCUUCACUUUCUAGCUGGAGCCUGAACUGUCUGGAGUCAAGGGAGGCCCCUGGCAUUAAGGACCCAGGCUCCUUCCAUCUUGCUGCUCUGCCCUCCCAGAGGUGUAGCCACCCACCUUGUCUUUGUGGUUGAAGAUGCUUUCUGGCCCUCCUCCCUGAGUUUGGGGACCAGCCAAGGAGAAUAGGGCUGGGAAAGGGGACUGUGCUCCCCACUCCUUGUAAAGAACAGCCCCCUAUGCACACAUCCAUGCUUCCUUCCCAGUGGUUAGAACAAGACUGUGGGCCACACCCAGCCCAAAGAGGCUGGGAAAUGGAUAUUGGGAGACAAUAAGAAGUGCUUGCUAGAUGCCACAGGGAUGUGGCUCCUCUAUUUGGUGACAAGCCACACUGGUGUUGAGGCAGUGGGGGAGUAGAGGCUGGCCCCUCUGGAGCCUGGGAGUCACGGUGAGAAUCCUCCAGGGCAGGUUCCUGGCGGCAAGGGAGCCCCGGAGUUGGUGGCAUGCUGGUCAGCCAUCUUCCGUCCUUCGAUUGUGCCAAGAGAAGCCUGAGGCCCCCCUGGGAGCUCGUCCAGCUAUCUGUCCGUCACCCGGCCCUGCAGAGAUCAAUUCUCAGGCUCUCAGACUAUGUAGUCGUUCCUCCCACCGCGACCCUGUAACCCUGGGCCGGUCCCAGUUCUGUCGAUAUCAUGGAGUCAAAUGCCAGCUUCCAGAUCUUGAAUAAACUACUUUGUAAAGUCAAAGUAAGAAGGCCCACGGAGGGUGAGUGACACGCCCAAGGUCACACAGCUUGAUCAUGCAUCAGGUCGCCCCAAUUGGCCUUUCCCCAUCUCGGAGAGGCAGGACUGCAGUUCCAGGGCUUGGUACCCAGGCCUGGAGGCGGGUGGGCGGCGGGAAGAACGCCAGAGACACCGCCGUGGUCCCGGGGCGCCGGUCGUGGGGUGGGCUGCCUCGCCGAAGCCUGGGCGCUCCAGGCAGGCGGUGCUUGGCGGAGGUCUGCGUCGGCGCCACCUGGCGGCGAGGCCCUGCACCUGCGCCCGCGCAGCACCCGUCCAGCCCGCCCGCGCGCCUCUCUUCCCUGUGCGCAGCUGCCGCGUUUGCAGCCGAGAAGCCGGGCCCGGUCCCCAUCCGGAGAUCCUGGGAGCGCACGUGUGCUCCCCGGGGCCCCAUCCGGGCAAACGGGCCUCCCUCCGACAGAAAGGACUCGGCCUGGGGAGGCCGGAUGCGCGGGACAAAACCCGGUGGGGUGGGGUGGGGGGAGUCACAAUUACCCCGCGUUGGAAGCCCCUUCAUGGCGCUGCUGGAACACGGGCUCCCGUGUCCGCAGCACAGGAAACUGAGGCACAAAAUGACAAGUCACAAUCCUGGGAUGUUUGCGAUGAUCACAGGACUACUGCAAAGGGGACCAGACCCAGCGAGCUCCCACCCUGCACUUGGAAUGCCUGACAGGCAGGGAGCAGCCAGACCCCCACGGCAUCAGAAUCAGCUCGUGUUGGCCACCAGGAGACCAAGGAGGCUGCUGGCUGCAGUGGAUUCCAGCAGGUGCCUCCCUCUCCGUGGCAGGGCUCAAGGCCAGGUCUCUCUGACUCCUGAGCCUCCACACAGAACUGGGAGAUGGGGAUACGAAUUACUGUCAUUAUUUUACAGAUGGGAAACUGUGACCCAGGGUUAAAUAACUGUCCAGGGUCACACAGUAAGAAGGUAGCAAGGGUUGUCCUGCCUAUAAUCCUCUUGUCCUCCUCUAAGACUGGGACAAUGCCCGGACCUCACGAGGUGUCAGCCCCCUCUACGGCCAGGUGUGGAGAUGGGGCUGGGUCUGAAUUAGCUCAAUCACUUCGCGUCCUACUGACAUUUUGCAGGAAUCUCACGUCUUAUUCUGGUACGAAGAGAGAUUCCAGUAAGAAGUAGUAGCCAAGGGGCGCCUGGGUGUCUCAGUGGGUUAAAGCCUCUGCCUUCGGCUCAGGUCAUGGUC